AUGGGUUUGUCCACAGGCCAAAGAAGAGUCGCUCGUUUGUUGUUCUAUUCAUUCGCACUGAUUGUUAUCAUCGCCUUUGUGCUCUGGCCACCGUUCUCUUACCCUUCAGUGACGGGACAUACAGGCCUACAGGGCACCCCAGACCACCUCCAUUAUAUAACAAAUGGAACUCUGGGGGUCCAAAAGGUCUUUGCUGUCAGUCUUCCUAGUAGAUUGGAUAAGCGCGACAACAUUGUCCUUGGCUCGUCUGUCAGCGGCUUCCAUGUCGAAUUUAUCGACGGGAUGACCCCAGACGAGAUAGACCCGAAGACAUAUCCCUAUAACUGGAACUCUGAACACCGGCCAGUUGAGUAUGCAGCUCGACGAGCGCAUGUCAAUGCAAUGCAAAGGAUAGUGAGCGAAAGACUGGGCAGCGCCAUCAUUAUGGAGGACGACGCGGACUGGGACGUAUCUAUCAAAACACAACUUCAAAGCUUCGCAAUUGCAGUCCGCGCUCUUCAACAGCCCGAGGAUACUACCUCUCCUUCUCCUUAUGGACACGACUGGGAUAUCCUUUGGCUUGGGCAUUGUGGCCUUGAAUGCAAGACUGACCUCCCCUCUUUCCUAACGCCCAAUGACCCUACAAUUCUCCCACCUCACCACUUCUUACCGUACUGGCGCGAUCCCCCGCCGCUUAAAAGGCCGGAUGAAUCUCGCCUAACAUGCACAGUGAGCGACGGGGUUUGCUCGAUCGUCUAUGCCGUGAGCUUUCGCGGCGCACAACGGAUUUUAGCGGCCCUGUCGGUAAACCCCUCAGGUAUCGCCGAGGAAAUCGACAUCGGCGCCCAGUUUGAUGUCUCACUGGGCCGUAUGUGUGGCAGCGGGUUCUUGAGAUGCUUUGGAACAUAUCCCUCGCUUACCGGCGGUUACACGGCCGCUGGGCCGGCGACAAAGGGCUCUGAUAUCAAUAGUCCUGCUGCGGAAUCAGGAGAGUCAUUGGACGGGCCAAUCGAGGGUCCGUCCAGCAAUGGGGUCAUGUAUAGCACGAUGCUCAACAUUAAUCGGCUUCUUCGUGGGGAGGCAACUGUGCGCUCGACUUGGGAUGAUACCCGAGUUCCAGAGGUUGACUUUAAUACUAUCCCUGUGCUAGGAGGUACCUUGCAAGUGUAA